AGGUACGGUUUUCUUAAUCAUACUGUGAUGGACGAGGGUUGCAAAAAGCAACUGGAGUCCCUGCAGCAGAGCCUAACUCACUGCAUUCCCCCAUUUUGUUUCCAAGUUGGGGCAGUUCUUGAACGGCGGAGAGAUGGAAUUCUUUAAGAAGAAGUGUCCCUUAGGCUGCAAAAAAGUGCCGGAGAAUGCCAGCAGUAUCCCUGAGGAGCAAGAACUGCGGAUCGUGCUCGUUGGAAAGACCGGCGUGGGGAAAAGCGCCACGGGGAACACCAUCCUGGGCGAAGAGAAGUUUGAGUCCAGGCUGACCCUGAAGCCGGUCACCCAGACGUGCAGCGGAGAGGUCCGCGCCCUCCGCUGGAACGGGAAGCAGGUGAUCGUCGUCGACACGCCGGGGCUCUUCGACGGCAGCCUGGAACGAUGCCAGCACGCCCAGGAGAGCCAGAAGUGCCUCUCGCUGUCCGGAGCGGGGCCCCACGCCCUGGUGUUUGUGACCCAGGUGGGCCAUUUCACCGAAGUGGAUGAAUGCGCCGUGAAGAGGGCGGAGGCGCUCUUUGGCAAGGACGCCGUGCGCAAGAUGGUGCUCCUGUUCACGCACAAGGAGGACCUGGGCAUGGAGAGCCUGAGCGCCCACGUGGCGCACUCGGGCAACGGCCCCCUGCAGGAGCUGCUCGGGAGGUGCCGCGGCCGCUGCUGCGCCUUCAACAACAAGGCCGCGGGGGACGAGCGGAUCGUCCAGGUGGGCGAGCUGCUCUCCCAGAUCGUGAAGAUGGUGCGGGAGAACCAGGAGGGCCCCCGCCCCAAGAGGGGUCCUGGAGAGGCCCCGGGCCCCGGCGAAGGGCCGGAGACGGCCAGCGGUUCCGCUGAGAAGGAAGAGCUGCGGAUCGUGCUUGUUGGGAAGACCGGGGUAGGGAAAAGCGCCAGCGGGAACAUGAUCCUGGGCGAGGAGAGGUUCGAGUCCAAGCUGGCCCUGACGCCGGUCACCAAGACGUGCUGCAAGCAGGCCCGGCCAGCCGGCUGGAACGGGAAGCGCGUGGUCGUCGUCGACACGCCGGGCCUUUCCGAGAGCAGCUUUGAGCGCCGGGAGGUGCAGAAGUGCCAGGCCCUGUGCGGGCCGGGUGCCCACGUGCUGGUGCUGGUGACGCGGGUGGGCCGCUUCACCGAGGAGGACCGGGCCACCCUGAAGGGCGUGGAGAGGGCCUUCGGCAAGGAGGCCACCCGGGGGAUGGUGGUCCUGUUCACCCACCGGGAGGACCUGGGCACAAGCAGCCUGAAGGCCAGCGUCGAGCAGGCGGGCAACGGCCCCCUCCAGGAGCUGCUCGGGAGGUGCCACCACCGCUGCUGCACCUUCAACAACCGGGCGACGGGCGAGGAGGCAGCCGCCCAGGUGGAGGAGCUGCUGUCCCGGGCGGAGGAGGCCCUGAAGGAGACCCGGGACAAGCCGCCGGCCAGGCGGUUUGCCAGGGGCGCUGCCGGGAAGGCGGCCAAGAGGGAGGGGUGCCGGAUCUGCACCGGGGUGCUGCUCUGCGAAAUGCUUCUGGGCCCAUAUUUACUUCCCCCUGCUUCCCGUAAGCGCAACACAGCUGUCCAGACCGGGCAGCGCUGUGCACGCAAGAGCGGGGCUGGACCUGGCGGGAUGCCGCAGGCGCCCCGGGCCAGCCAGACGCAUCCUGGGCCAAGAAAACCGCCGAGGGGCGCAUGGGCGGGAGAGGCUGCCGUGCGCGGAAGGACUCGCUUUGCGCAGGCUUUGGGCUUCGUAGUGCUGAGCGACACAGGAAGUGAACCAGAACUGAGGAUUCUUCUGAUUGGCAGAAUGGGAGCUGGGAAGAGCGCGACAGGAAACACCAUCCUGGGGUUUAAAGCAUUUGAGACCUGGGCCUCAGCCGGAUCAGUGACCAAAUCUAUUGAGAGGAAGGAGGGCGUCUUCGAGGGCAGGAAGCUGGUGGUGGUGGACACCCCUGGGGUCUUUGACACCUGUGGUAAGGUUGUUUACAACCACAGGAGCAUCCAGGAGAGCAUUGCUCUCCUCCCUCCUGGGCCCCACGCCAUCCUGCUGGUCAUCAAGUUAAGUGCCAUAGGUGAAGGGGAGCAAAAGUCAUUUGGGCACAUGAAAAGGCUCUUUCUCACUGAAGGAAGGCAUUUUCUCAUACUUCUCUUCACCCGAGGAGAUGAGCUAACAUUGGAUGAUUUAACUCUAGAUGAAUUCUUAGCAAAUGCAAGUGGAGAACUGAAGGAGCUGAUGGAUCUGUCUGGAGACCGAUUUGUUCGUUUCAACAACAGGGCUGAAGGAGAAGAAAGGGAAAAGCAGGUCAGGGACCUGAUUGAGCAGAUAAACCGCAGGAAGGUACUUAAUGGUAGAACACCGUGCUACACGCAGGAGCUGGCCUAUAGGGACAAGCCCUGGUGUUCAAUAUUGAGCCGCCCGCGAUCACGCACGUCUUCCCUGCACGAAGGCGGCUGCGAUCCCGGCCAUCUCCCCCGUCGGAACUGCGUCCGUGCAGGGAAGACGCAGAGGCGCUGGCGACAGAAGAACGUGCAGAACUCCAGGCACAAGGUCUUCCCCUCAACUGCAAACAGCAAAGAUAGGACAGUGGAGUUGCUGAACCGGCUUUUCAAGGGGUGCCCGCCAGCCCAGCGUUCGUUGUCCCGGCACUGCUGCCCGAUCAGUCCCCGCGACCAGCCCCCUGGAUCCUGUUCCCGGGUCUCGCACUGCGGAUCCAGCGCCUCUGUGAGGGACAUCCCUCCCAGAUCUUCUUUGCGGGUGAACAAGAUGAUCAUGUGUCUCCUGGCCUCAGUUCCAAACACCUUCUGGACUCGCCGUGCCGCCUCCCUGUCUUCGGCGGUGAAGCGGCCCACCUGGGUCACGAACAGCAGCGCGUGGGGGCCGGGCCGGGAGAGCUCCACGCAGCGCCGGAUCUGCGCCUCGACGGAGGCCUUGGAGUCCAGGAUAUCCGAUGUGUCGACCACCGAGACGCACCGGCUGUUCCAGCUUCCCUGCGCCUUCUGGCACUGCCGCGUGGUGGCCGUCGCCUGGAGCCUGGAGUCGAACUCCGCGCGGCCCAGGAGGGUGUUCCCCGUAGCGCUCUUGCCACCUCCGCUCUUCCCGACGAGGAUGAGCCUCAGCUCCGAUCCUCGGCCGUCCUCUGUGAAUUAUGAAGGAAGCAUCAGAGAAAAGGCCGGCCACCGCCAGGACGGGACAGGCAGCCGCAUGAAUCGCGACGGCGGCUCGAUGGUGCGUCGGUCCAUCCCCAAACUCCUCAGUUUCUCCACCGGGAUCUCCAUCAUGGGGCACUUGGCCAAGGCCUUGCUGAGCGCCCCUUCCGAGUUGCUUUACGGCUCGCUGCACGGAGGCACGACCGGAAGUGGCGUGCCCUCCGCCUCGCUCUCGGGGCCCUCGGGGUCCGUCCUGAGCCUGGCGAGCGCUGGCCGCGCAGGAGGGGAGGCCGAGGGUGCACGGAAGCGGUGCCUGGCCGCAGCAGCGCGCCGGACGGGCACGAGCAAAGCGGAGCCCAGUCCAGACAAGGCUGAAGCGCCGCUGGCGAGAGGUUCUUCCGGCCGGACGGCUGCGGUGGAUAACAUGUCACACAGUGAGUCUCCUGGGAGCGGUUGCAGCCUCAGCGAGUAUAUGCUGCGUGAAGCACACCUGUGGGAUGUGGGACUUCCCCCACAGAUGCCCCAGAAACACCUGCUGGUUCAGGUUAUCCAUGCGAACGGAUCGGGUGGCGUGCCUGGCUGGAGAGCCUCCACCGCGUCCCUUCUGGGGAGAUUCCAGAAUGGGCCGGGUGCUGAGUGUUUCCGGGGUUCCUCUCAUUUGCUGUCCUCCAUGCAAGAGACACAUCAGCCCCGGAUCACCAGCCCCUUCAGUGGCCAGGAAAGGAAGGGCUCCGCAGCUGGGGGCCACGACGUGGCGAGCUCUGCUCCAGACCGGCCACGGACGUCCCGUGAACUGAGAAUCGUCCUCAUUGGCAGGAUGGGAUCCGGGAAGAGUUCGACAGGGAACUGCAUUCUGGGCAGGGAUGUGUUCAGAUCAUCCUGCUUGGCUUCUUCGGUAACAGACUGCUGCCAGAAGGAGCACGCCUCUGUGCAGGGGCGGGAGGUGGAAGUUGUCGACACGCCCGGCUUCUGUGAAACAAGAAAUAAACUAACAUGUAUGAAGGAGCACAUGAAUUUGAGCAUCGCAUUUCUCCGGCCGGGACCCCACGUGAUACUCUGGGUAAUAAAGGUGGAACUCCUCUCACGGGAUAUCAUGGAAACUAUGCAGCAGGUGAAAAAGCUUUUCCAGAAAAGAGGAAGGUACCACCUGGUCGUUCUGUUCACAUUCACAGACUACUUGAAGGGCACGCCUCUGCAGGAGUUCAUAGACUCGGCAGGGAGAGAACUGAGGGACUUGCUGGCACUGGCCGAAGGGCGAUGUGUUGGCUUCAACAACUUGGCCGAAGAGCCGGAAAGGUCGCGCCAGGUCACGGAACUGUUUGGGGUGAUCGACGGCAUGCGGAGGAGUAACACGAACAUGCCGUACUAUUCGAAGGCGGCCCUCGAGGAGGACACCUCAUCCAGGGGGUCCUGCUCGCUGCUGUAGCAGACGGGCCCCGGAGCCCAGGGGGAGCGUGUCCGCAGUGAACCCAGCAGGCCGUGCAGCCGGGAGGCAGGCGGGCGAGGGGGCCUUUCCCCAGAAGUGCCGGCCGGCCGAGCUCCCGUGCGGAGGCGCCCCUGCCUGGCCAUCCGGCGGCUGCCCUGCCCUGAGAAGCACGCGGAGAGGAGGAGGUGCCUGAGCGCCCUCUGACCGGCUUCUGACUGCACCCCCAUUCGCGGUCACCUUCGUUUACCAAACGCAAAAUAAAAUUAAUCCAAAAUUA